AUGGCGGAGGAGGAUGCCGAAUCUCCUCAUGCCGUAAAAACUCCGAAUGCAUUCAUUUUGUUUUCAAAUGAGGUUCGGCGAGAAAUUUCUUCGAAGCUGCCGUUUUCGCAGAUUAGCGUUGAAAUUUCAAACCGUUGGAAACAAUUAGAUGAAACAUCAAAGCAACGAUAUAAAAACAGAGCAAAAGAAUUACGAGAGAAAGAACUAUCAAAAAAUACAGAAGCGAAAAUCAAAUAUAAAAAGAAAGAGGAUCGAAUUCAAGAUAAAAUAGUUAAAAAUUUCCUUGACAUAGAUUCUUUUUCAUCAUUAUUCGACCUUGCAUCUAAAACGCCCGCUAAAUCCAAAAAGAACAGGCCGACCGUUCCAAAAUUUUUACAUUUAAAUCCAAAAAAGCCUCCAAAGAGGCAGCAUCAACCACAGUAG